GCUGGCUGUCUCCUCCCAGGUAAGGAGCGUGCUGCCUGUCACCGCAUCCCGGCGGCCGGGGCACCCUGCCUGGGGCUGGGCCGUGACGCCCAGGCGCAGAUGUGAGCCUUGGAGGAGCCAUCGUCGUGGUCAGGAACCGAGCAGGGACAAGGCUGGGCCACUCAGAAGCACCUGAGGACUGAUCAAGAGGAGGGAGGGUCCGUGACCACGCAUCUGCCUGAGCCGCACGCCUCACCUGCUGGUCCAGCUGCCGCAGAGCUGAGCAGAGGCCCCGGGCCUGACUCCCUAGAGAACCGACUCAGGGAGCUCUCAGGAUGACUGUCCCACCGGGCAGCCUGAACACAAUGGAAAAGCCUCAGAACAUGACAUCGAAUGAAUGCUUCCCUUCCCGGAGCACCGUCUUGCAGGGACAGCCUUUCGGGGGCAUCCCCACCGUGCUGUUCCUCAACAUCUUCUUGUGGGUGGUCAUCAUUUUGGUUUACUCCUUCCUCCGGAAAGCCGCGUGGGACUAUGGGCGCCUGGCUCUGCUGAUCCACAAUGACAGCCUGACCUCACUGAUCUAUGGGGAGCAGAGUGAGAAGACAUCUCCGUCAGAUAUUUCCCUGGAGAUGGAACACAAGGACAAGGGCUUCUAUUCCUGGUUCUUCAACACCGUCACCAUGAAGAACGAGGAUCUGAUCAGCAAGUGUGGAGAUGAUGCCCGCAUCUACAUCAUGUUCCAGUACCACCUCAUCAUCUUCAUGCUCAUCCUCUGCAUCCCGUCCUUGGGUAUCAUCCUGCCCAUCAACUACACCGGCACCGUUCUGGAUUGGAACAGCCACUUUGGUCGGACCACCAUUGUCAAUGUCUCCAUAGAGAGUAAGGUCCUGUGGUUGCAUAGCUGCUUCUCCUUCCUCUACUUCCUCCUCAACCUCGUCUUCAUGGCUCACCACUGCUUAGGGUUUGUGCCCAAGAGGAGCUACAAGGUCACAAGGACGCUAAUGAUCACCUAUGUCCCCACGGACAUCCAAGACCCGGAAAUCAUCAUUAAGCAUUUUCACGAGGCUUAUCCUGGGUGCGUGGUGACCAGAGUCCACUUCUGCUAUGACGUCAGGAUGCUGAUCGAGUUGGAUGAUCAGAGGCGCCACGCGAUGCGGGGCCGGCUCUACUACACGGCCAAGGCCAAGAAGAGUGGGAAGGUGAUGAUCAAGACCCACCCCUGCUCCCGCCUGUGCUUCUGCAAGUGCUGGACCUGCUUCAAAGAGGUAGAUGCAGAGCAGUAUUACAGUGAGCUGGAGGAGCAGCUGACUGAUGAGUUCAACGCUGAGCUCAACCGCGUUCGGCUGAAGCGUCUGGACCUGAUCUUUGUCACCUUCCAGGACGCCAGGAUGACGAAGCACAUCCGAGAGGAUUACAAGUACAUCCAUUGUGGCGUGCCCCCCCAGCAGUCCUCUGUGAGCACCAUUGUCAAAUCCUACCGCUGGAGGGUCGCCCUGGCCCCACACCCUAAAGACAUCAUUUGGAAACACCUGUCCGUCCGCCGCUUCCAUUGGUGGGCCCGCUUUAUCGCAAUCAACACCUUCCUCUUCUUCCUCUUCUUCUUCCUCACCACGCCUGCCAUCAUCAUCAACACCAUCGACAUGUACAACGUCACCCGCCCCAUUGAGAAGCUGCAGAGCCCAGUCAUAACCCAGUUCUUCCCUUCCCUGAUGCUCUGGGCAUUUACAGUGAUAUUGCCUCUGAUUGUCUACUUUUCUGCCUUCCUAGAGGCCCACUGGACCAGAUCAAGCCAGAAUCUGAUCAUCGUGAACAAGUGUUACAUCUUUCUGGUGUUCAUGGUGAUUAUUCUGCCCUCUAUGGGACUGACCAGUUUGGAUGUCUUUUUCCGGUGGCUCUUUGACAUCUACUACCUGGAGCAGGCGUCCAUCAGGUUCCAGUGUGUGUUCCUGCCGGACAACGGCGCCUUCUUCGUCAACUACGUGAUCACGGCAGCUCUGCUGGGCACGGGCAUGGAGCUGUUGCGCCUGGGGUCCCUCUUCCUGUAUAGCACCCGCCUCUUCUUCUCCAGGUCCGAGCCAGAGAGAGUCCACAUCAGAAAGAGCCAGGCCAUCGACUUCCAGUACGGGCGCGAGUACGCCUGGAUGAUGAACGUCUUCAGCGUGGUGAUCGCCUACAGCAUCACCUGCCCUAUCAUCGUCCCUUUCGGGCUGCUUUACCUGUGCAUGAAGCAUGUCACCGACCGCUACAACAUGUACUACUCCUACGCGCCCACCAAGCUCAACGAGCAGAUCCACAUGACCGCCGUCUACCAGGCCAUUUUCGCACCACUCCUGGGGCUGUUCUGGAUGCUCUUCUUCUCCGUCCUGCGGUUAGGUACACUCCACACCAUCACCUUCUUCUCCCUGUCCACGCUCAUCUUUUCCAUGGUCAUCGCUUUCCUAAGCACCCUUCUGGGGAAGCUCCAGGGGGUAUCUGACUAUGAGCCCGAGGAGGAGAUGGAGACUGUGUUCGACAUGGAGCCGAGCAGCACCUCCUCUACGCCCACCUCCCUUAUGUACGUGGCCACUGUGCUGCAGGAGCCGGAGAUGAACCUGUCCCCUGCCUCCUCCCCGGCUCGGCACACCUACGGCACCAUGAACAGACAGCAGGAGGAGGACGAAGAGGAGAAUGGUGUGAGGGGCUUUGCACAGGAGCUGGGCUCCGCCCAGUUCCAGGAAGGGCUGGAACUGGAGGGCCAGAGCCAGUAUCACUGACCAGGACCCGAGGCUUCCACCUGGCAACUCCACGGGAGCGGCGGCCAGGGAAGGGCCCAGCAGGGGGAGGCAGGAGGGCCACCAGGCCCUCCCCACUACCUCCUGCAGACUUUAUGAAGGCCUCAACGGAGACACCUGUGCCCCGGCUGUUGGCCACACGGAGGCCCGGACCUGCUGAGCAGCUCAAAUGGGAGGUGCUGGGCAGUACAGAAGGAGCCGGGGGUGGGAUGAAGGCUACAGGUGGGCACCGCAUCUCGGGAAAGGUGGCUAAAGCCCUGAGCACAGAGACUGCAGGCUGAGGGGCCCUCCCGGGGUCCGAGUGGAAUUGUGCGGAAAGGAGGAGGCAGAAAGACGCCCGCGGAAGACUCUCCAGGGCCUCUGCCAACCUUUAACCAGCUGCCCUGCUGAGGCGCUCCCAGGGCAGCGCUCACCCCAACCCCAGCCCUGCUCUGAUCCCUCCCCUGCGGCCUGAGGAUGCACAGGUGUGCUCGGGCCCUCAUCCAGAACAGCCCCGAUAGGGGGAUCACCCAGAGCUAGGACCAGCUGAGACCCUUCCUGGUCCUCCGCCCCUCGGCGGCCAUCCCCGGGAGCAGCAGGGUACAGACCUUCCUCCUUCCUAUUCUUGCAAGGGCAGCUGGGACAUUGUCCCUCGGGGCUCAUUAAACGGGACCUGUGUGCAUUUUGAUGAAGGCAACCUCGGCUGGUUACUACAAGGCGGGAGGGCCAGAGGCAGAGUUCAUGGAGCGGGGUCUUCUCCCCGGACGCUGGGUGAUAGGAAACCAGAUACAGCUCCCCAGCCCCCAGGCCUUAAUGAGAGGACCCUCAAGGUCAAGGAUGGGGCCACUGAAAGUUGCUCCUGCCUCACACCCACCCCGAGUACCUUGACCCCCAGCGUAGCCACGGUGGGCAGCCGCUCAGGGUAAGAAUCCCGUGCUUCAGGCUGCAGGCACAGGCCGUUCCCUGGUCUCCCGAGCGGGACCUUUCCUCUCUCGGGGCCACCUGCAUCCUGGACCGAAGACCACUGGAGCGGCCUCCAGCAUGGUCCUGACCCAGGCAUUACAGACACACUGCCAGGAACAGGCUGGGGGUGGGGGCUGUGUCCUCCACGGAGAAGCCUUUUCUGGGGGAUUUUGUAAAGCUGCCUUCCCAGGGCCACCACCACGCAAGACCUGGAGGGACCGACUCCUGAGUAGGAACCAUGCUGGGGACACCCAGCCCCUUUGCCAGAGCCAGCGGGGCGCAGACCUCUGCCUCUGAGGACAGGCCCCCGUCAGGACUACCCCGCAGCACAGCAGGAGAGGAUGCAGACAAGGGCUGGCUGAGGCUUCAGGGGACCAGAAGGGGCCAAGUCGAAAGGGGUCUGCGUGCUCUAGGGCUCUUCUGAGCCCCCUCCUGCAAGAGUGUGGGUCCCUGCAGCCACUCUGCCGAAAGCCGGCCCCAGGCUUACCUCACCUGAGCCCUCCCCACCGGGUCCCAGGCACAUGGGCGCCCCUGAACCCAGACCCCUAGGGUUCACCCCCGCUCCGCCAUGCCCACACCUCAGCUGCAGACACUCCAGGCUUCACUUCGAGAAAUAGCCCCCGAGAAGCAAACAUUGCCACACUCCCAGGGCUUGGCCCAGACCUUGGCGUGAGGGAUCUUUCCAGAAAGCUUGAGUCAGCUGGGGAGUCACAGUCUCUCCCACUCCUGCCCUGCUAGGAAUAAGGAGGAAAUUAUACCCAGCCAGUCCCUCAUGAACCGAGGCCCCUCUGGGCCCCCUUCUCCUAGCAUUUCACCAGCCAACAAAGGGCAGGAUCCCUUCCAGAGCAGCGGUCCGGGCCCCAACCGGGAGAUCUGCCCAUUUCAUGAGGAGGUGGCCGGCUCCAGGCCCUCCCCACCCCCCAGAAGAUAUAUUUGGUGUGCGUGUGGCUCUCCUGCCAGAAGCUGGCCUACAGGCUCUCCUUCCCUGGGCACUCCUUGCUGGUGCCUGCCCCCCCUCCCCGCAGUCCCUGCUGGACUAUUCCUGCCGCUUCUGCCACUGUCCCUCCUCUCUCUGUCCCCUGCCCACCUGGCAGCCUCUGGAUGCUGCGUAUGGAAAGGGUCCCAGCCCAGCCGAUUACACGGCAGCACAGCUGGGGAACUGCCCCUCUGCAUUUGAGCCAAGUGCGGUUGGUUCUGAGAAAAGAUGGUGGAAAUGUUGGGAAAAUUCCAGAAUCCUUUCACUUCUCAACUCUUUCUGGAGACCCAGGGCAACUGGCAGGCCCCCUCCCCGCCACUGCUCAGUCUCUGAGGUCACUGCGAAGGCCAUGCUUUGGCUCCUUUCGCACCACACCCAGGCCCCCUCCAGGCGCUUCCCCUCCGGCCUGCCCUCUCAGCCCACUGGCCUCCACCCACCACCGUCUGACCCCACCCCCAGCCCUCUUCCCAGCUGUCCUUCCCCAACCUUCCACAGAAGCACCACCUCUCAGACUUGAUUCUUUCUGGAGGGGGCUGCCUCUGAGGGAACCCAGGAUUGCCUAGAGCCUCUAAGAAGUGCCCCACUGGGCCAAGAGUAAGCUUCAUGCCUGCCUGUCUCUUCCUGAGAUGCUUCUGGAAGCAAAGUGCCUAUCAGCAGCAUUGCAUCCUCCGGGGCCCCCCGUGUGGGGUGUGGGCUUCCCUUGGCCACCAUCACUAAAGGAAUGUGCCAGAAUGCCGAACCUUCUUGUUACUAAUGCUAUGACCGUGCCUUGAAUAAACAAGUCCUCCCAA